AUGGUCCAGGAGCCUUCUGCGUCAAGACCGGAGCCGUCCUGCCCGUCUGACAUCUGCCUGCUGUCUGCUGGACUAUCUCCGGUGCCGCCGCUGCCCACGUCCGCCCACGAGAACGCUCAGGCUUCCAAGGACCCUGGCGCUUGCCCAGGAAACCGCGCCUCCCGCCCUCCCGGAGCUUCAGGCCAGCAACCAGGAACGGAUCCCACAGGCCCUGAGCUGUUUUCUGAGGACCAUUACCUUAAUAUGCAGGCAUUGCCAUCAGAGGGGCCUGUGGAGAAAGGCAAGAGAUGGAUGACUGGGUGCAGAGAACCUCUGAGGCUGCCCCUGCCUCCUGAGCUGCAGUUCAGAGUCAUGGAGGAAGACAUCAAAGCAGAGAAGAAAACACUGUUCCAGCACAUCAGUAGUACUUUGCAGGGAGAGGACACAGGGGUGCCCCUGGUGGAGAAACCAGGAGUUGUUGGCAGUGCACUGGAGGAGCUGGAUGCUAGUCCGAGUGGAGCAAGCAAGCUAAAUGCUUGUGUGGUCGAGUCUCAGAGACCAGCAGCACUAGCAGUAGCUGACCAGCUUACUGAAGAGCAGAUUGCAGAAUUCAAAGAAGCUUUUUCACUAUUUGACAAGGAUGGUGAUGGGACUAUUACAACAAAGGAAUUGGGAACUGUCAUGAGGUCUCUUGGCCAGAGUCCCACAGAAGCAGAGUUACAGGACAUGAUUAAUAAAGUAGAUGCUGAUGGUAAUGGCACAAUUGACUUCCCAGAAUUUCGGGCAAUGAUGGCAAGAAAAAUGAGAGACACAGACAGUGAAGAAGAAAUUGGAGAAGCAUUCCGUGUGUUUGAUAAGGAUGACAAUGGCUACAUCAGUGCAGCAGAGCUUCACCAUAUGAUAACAAACCUUGGAGAGAACUUAACACAUGAAGAGGUUGAUGAAAUAAUUAUCAGGGAAGCAGAUAUUGAUAGUGAUGGUCAAGUAAAUGAUAAAGAGUUUGUACAAAUGAUGACUGCAAAGUGA